AUGAAUGUUACCAGUGAAAGUAACUCAGAGCUAGCUUUGUCUCUGGAGAAAAAGCUGUCUGAGUGGGCAAUGAAAUUCAACAUCUCCAUGACUUCUCUCACUCAUUUGCUUAGGAUUUUGAAGGAACAUGACAUUGAUGUUCCAGCAGACGGACGAACACUAUUGAAAACACCUUGUUCUGGCAGUUUGAGAAUAACAGAAAAAUCAGGUGGCAAAUACACAUAUUUUGGAUUAAAGGAAGGUCUUACACAUACUCUGUCUGAGCAAGACACUUCAAAAUACGACCACUUUGAGAUUUCUUUGAAUAUUGAUGGCCUACCCAUUUUCAAGUCCAAAAACCUCACAAUAUGGCCACUUCAGUGUGCUAUCAUCAACAUUGAUGAAGUGAAAAACAGUCCUUUUGUUGCUCUGUUUUCUGGAGCAAAGAAACCAAAUGAUUUGGAGUUUUUGAGGGAUUUUAUGGAGGAGCUGCAAGAACUGAUGGAAACAGGCUUUAAAGGGAAGAGAAUUGUCCUCAAAAACAUCAUAUGUGAUGCACCAGCACGAGCCCUCAUCAAAGGAAUAGUUCAGUUUAAUGGCCGCUAUGGCUGUGACUUUUGUGAUGUAAAGGGAGUUCAUGAGAGCAAAAUGCUUUUUUUGUAUAAAGGAAAUCUCAGAACCAAUGAGUCAUUUAGACAGAAGACAAAUCCUGAACAUCACAAAACAGAUAGCAUUCUCUUGAAUCUGGACAUUGAUAUGAUCAGGCAGUUCCCAAUAGAUCCCAUGCAUUGUGUAGAUCUAGGAGUGACUAAGCGAAUGUUGAUGCUGUGGAAAGAAGGACCUUUGGCCCAUAGAUUAUCAGCUGGACAUCUUAGCACCAUUACUUAUUUUCAUCAAGCUGUCCGACAUCACAUACCUCCUGAAUUCAAUAGGAAACCCAGGGGGUUAGAUGAACUGAAGCACUGGAAAGCAACUGAAUUCCGAACAUUUUUGCUUUAUACUGGACCAGUGAUUUUGAAAUAUGUUCUCAAUAAGGAGAAGUAUAUUCACUUCCUUUCACUUAGUAUUGGAAUGCGCAUCUUGUACAGUGAAAACCUAAUGGAGCAUCGUGAUUAUGCAGAUGAGCUGUUAACAUAUUUUGUUGAAAAAGGUAGCAGCCUGUAUAGCAUGAGUUUCAUCUCAUAUAAUGUGCAUUGCUUGCUACAUCUCACUGAUGUUGCAAAUUACAACAGAUCAUUACACUAUUGUUCAGCGUACAAGUUUGAGAACAAUAUGGGUCAAAUCAAGAGGUUUAUCCGUGGUUCAAGUGAUCCACUGAUUCAAGUAGCUAACAGAUUGGCAGAGAGGCAAGCAAUAUCAAGUUCUAAGAAAUCAAAUGUUAACUCUGGUACGCCAAAGACAAAAGAAUGUUACAGAAUGACCAAUGAUAGCUACUGCCUUAUACAUGGAGUUCAAGAAAAUCUGAUUUUUUGUGAGGUUUUUUGCAGAAUGGAACCUUUGUACACUAAGCCAUGUGACUCCAGAAUAAUUGGCAUAUUCAAAGGAUUUCGGAAUCACACUAAAAUGUUACAUACUGACACCACUCAACUGAGACAUAAAGCAAUCAUGAUACCUUUGUCCUUGAUUGAUAAAGAUGAAUACAAUGCGGUAGCGCUUAUACCGCUCAUGCAUUCAGUUUGAUUAGUUAGUCAAGUAAGUCAGUAAGGCAGGGUCUUUGCCUUUUUUAUUGCAUGUUAUUGCACAUGUGUGUGUGUGUGUGUGUGUGUGUGUGUGUGUGUGUGUGUGUGUAUAUCACUGGCUGCCCCUGGAGUGCUGUCAACUUCAUCCUGGCCAUCAACCAGUGGAUGAAGUGGAUCUGCCAGUGCGCACCACCACACACUCGAUCCCCAAACCCUGUCCAGGGGUACGCUGAUGAUGUCCAGGUGUCCUGUAGAGACGAGAAUAUCAUUCAAAAUAUCCUGUCCAGAACAGAUGAAUUCCUACAGUGGUUUAAGCUGGAGGUGAAACACACCAAAUGUGCAGCAUUCUACGAGCGGCGAAGCGGUGGAAACCGCUGGUACAAAUCUAAAUCUGACAAACCCCCCUCCUUCACAAUAAUGGGACAGCCCAUCAGAGUCUACUCUCGUCAUGAAACAUACACCUACCUUGGCCAUAAAUUCAACAUUGCAGGUGAGUGGGGUGAACAGGUGCAGGAGUUAUCCUGUGCCUUUAAGGACAGGAUCGAUCUGAUCGACUCCUCCCCCCCUACCUGUAGUCAUGAAACUGCAGGCUGUUGGAAAUUUUUGGAGAGCCACCCUCCAAGUGGACAUAUGCCAGGGGUGAA